AUGUCCGCCAAAGAACGCGUAGGCGGCGUCGAAGUCCCUGCCAUCAUAGUUAAGUUCACCGACAAGGUGGCCCUCGAGAGUAUCGUGGUCAACGAAAUCGCCGACGCCGACGAGCUAAUCUCUUGCCAGCUCCCACAACAAGUAACUAGUCUCGCUGACCCGGCUGCAUUUCACUACUACCCCGGUCGACCCUAA